AUGUGCAAGGCUGCUGUUGGGCGCUCUUUUUGUUGCUCUAGUGCAGAUGAGCUGAAGGAGAUUCCAGAAGGAUACCAAUCUCUUUUUAUUGAUGAAAUGCUAUCUAAGGAGCCACCGUAUUCGCUCGCUUUCUGUUCUGAAGAAUCUAUUCCGGCUUCCGUCGAGUAUGUCAUUAAAGAUAGACAGCUACUUUUACCGCUCUAUCUUGUGGAGGUUGAAUGGGAUCCUCAAGAGGAGAAACGAUCUCGCCAGACCCUUUCGUGCGAAAACUGCGAGAAAGCAGAGGCCGUCAUGUAUUGCCAAGCAGAUACAGCUCAUCUUUGUGCACUGUGCGACAAGGAGAUACAUGCUUCAAAGCUGGCAUCUAGACAUUCCCGAAUGCCACUUGAAAAGGGCCUCCAUUGCAUCGUCAACUGCCGCUUGCAUCCAGAGCGUCUUGCAGAGUUUUUUUGCCCCACCUGCCAUGUGGUUGUUUGCCUUUCUUGUAAAAUGAUUGGUCACCAUUCCAGUGGCGAUGCAGCUGAGCAUCCUUUGGUUUCCGUUCCAGAAGCAUAUGCCUCCGUUGUUUCUGCUUCCAACAGCCCAGACCCUAUCAUCGAUGAGGGGCGCAAAUCGGUUCUUAAGCAAUUCAACCGCGUCCAAGCAAAGGCAGAGGUUAUCCUUUCAAAUGCCUCCCAAAUCAGAGAACAGCUUUCCAAGGCAUACAAUUUGGCCCUUGCGGAUCUGGAUCAACAGAUUGCUAAAAAGCUGAGAGUCCUUCGAGGCGAUGCUUUUCUGUUUGGCAGACUGCUUCAAGGUCUUGGAAGAUCAGCAGAGUUUCUGCGCUAUUUAAAGGUUGGAAGAGAUGCGCCUCUCUUUUUGCUUUCUUGGCACCAUUACUUGCAAGCAAAGGUGUCGAUGUCUGUUAUUCCUGCAGCCCACUCUUCAGCCGUUGCCAGGCCAACCGAUCCAAGCCUUUGCCCAGAUACGCUAUUGGAAUUGAAGGGAUAUUUUUCCAUCAAUCCCAUAAACUCACUAGCUGCUUCCUCGGCAACAUUAAACAGCCAAAUAACUAUGGCAAAGUCUUACCAUUCUGCUCUGUUAAAGAAGGUGCCGGACCAACAAUCAGAAGGUGCAGACAGAGCCCUUUUUUCCCACCAUUAA